AUGUCACAAUUCACCGCUUGCGACCACCCCGAUUUGCCAUCCUUGGCCCAGAUCCACCCCAGUUUGAUCCCUCCACGCCUCAAAGAGUCUUGUGGUCCGCCCAACGGCUAUUUUCACGCUCAUGCCCCCUCCCUCCCACUAGUUUCGACCGAUUUGACCGAUCCGCAUGGCCACAACUCCAACAUUCAUCCCGUUUACUCCAGCACCACACCCUUUUCACACAUGGUCCGCCCUCCACCGGCCUCAGGAGCUAGGCGAGGUGCCUUCCACCCUCCAGCAAGUGUCAACGACAACGACCUCUUUCCGCCGUACACUCAAGCCGGACAUCAAGAUCUUGAUGAAUUACCGGCCAACGUUGUUCCCCUUCCACAUCCACCCCCAAUCCAACCAACCCCGCCUCACCACCCACCUCUUCCGUGCUUGCCCACAACACCUCACAUGUUCACCUGUAAUGUAUCUUUUGUCUUGUACGGCUCAAGACAAAACAAACAGAAAAAACUUGUACACAAGGCAAUCCAAUCAGCAAAGGCUCUUGCCUUGAUCUUUGACUGCCGUACAAUCACGUAUGCCUCAUUCCUUCAACAGAUUGGCGUGGUUGCAUCCAGGGAUCACUCCAACGCGGCUAGGGUGCUCAACGAGGGCACAAACUCGAGCCCGCCUACGAUAUUUUGGACCGCUUAUAUCAACUCAAACAAAGAUUGGCCAAACUCCUCGCCAAGACCUCUCUCCGAUCACACCGCCUUUACAUCCUGGAUCGAUAGCAUCACAGUCAAAAAGGCGAACAAAGGUGGGGUUAGCAUGAGUAUGCAAAGCCCAGGCCAGAAGAUUGCAAUAGCCAAAGGUAACGACUUGCUCGCGGAAACCGUCCGGCGCAACGAGGCUCGUGCAGUGACUCAGGCGUCUCGAGCUCGGGCUUGUUUGACUCAGUCUGGUUCCUUAGGCACGGGGUCAAUUGAUGACAUUGAUUCUGAGGGAGAUUCCUGUGAUGAAGAGUUUGAGGCCCAAGCAAUCAUCAAGGAGGACAUCCUCAAUAAGUACAAGAGGAACACGGGUGUUGACCCUUCACAUCCGGUCUAUCCGGAUCCCAUCGACAUCAAUCGAUAUAUCAUUCUCACGCCGGCAAAUGUAGCCUUAUGGGCUAAAGCGAUGCAUAAUCAGGAGCCAGGGGUCAGCUUACUAUCGCCACCGGGGUCGAUCAAAUACUACACUCGCAAACCCAAGCGGGGGUUGGCCGGACACUCGGACGCAGCACCGCAAAUGAAUACAGCUGAUAUUGUGGCGACUAUGAUGCAAGUCUACCAAGCAACCACUGGGUUCAAUCCUCCCGCGCCCCCGCCGGCUCCACCUCCGGCAACAACGAGUGGCGAUGAUCCCACUCUUGUCGGUAACCAGGUCAAUCCAUCCGUGGUUUUGGGCCCCGGAUCCGUUGCGGAAAAUGCGGGUUCGUUGUUAGAUUACUUAAACUUUGCGGGGGUGUCGGAUCCCACCGAGACCUUGGACCGCUUGAUGAGAGAGGAUAUCGACAGUUACACGAUGUUUGCCCCUGGAUACUUGCGCGAUGCCGACAUGGAUAAAUUGGGCUUGAGCGUGGGGACCCUCACGAGGCUCCGUGGCGGGGUUGAUCCAUACCAUCGCAGCCUUACCCAUGGACGACCGUAG